CUUCGAAUGAAGAAUAAGAAGAUUAGAUUUAAAAGAAUAUGCAUGCAACUUGAAAGGAUGCCUCACUGUUUCUUCAAUUUGUCUUUUUUCGCGUUGCUUUCGCUUUGCUGGGGUCCGCAAGGCGUUUGCGCUCAAGAGAAGGAGGAUGUAGAUGAAACAAUAACGGAAGCAAAGCGUGGUGGGCGCGUCUGUGCACCGUACCGUUUCAGUGCCUGCCCGUGGAUGCUGCGGAGUAGAGACGGCGAUAUUGCUGAAGCAGAGGCAUCUUCAACCGCUGACACUUGCUUUGCUAGCGCCUACAACCAAAUUUUGGAAGGCGAACGACUCGAGAGCACGAUUCGACAGCCUGGGGUGCUACCUGCGCCGGUGUUGCAGUGCGCGACUUCUUCAUCUCGUGGAACGAUUGAUGUGCCAGAGGACAGGGCUGGACGAGAAGAAGGGGCCGGCGAAGCGGAAGGGGCCAAGUCUUUUACGAUCGGAGACGUGCUGGCACGGUUUCAGCACCUGUCAUGGAGCUCUUUGUUGCGCGAGGCACUUUCACCACCUCCGGCUGGGGGAGACGGAGAUGAAAAUGAAGGUAAAAAGCUGUAUGAAGAAAUAGGAACAGUGGGACACGCGAGAAUGCUCUCCUCACAGCUGGUUCGGGACCAGUCAUAUCAAACGCUGCUCCGAAUAGCGAAAGCCGUUUUCCCUUCGGCUUCGACCGAGCAGGAGUGGGGGUUGACAUUGACUUCAAGAAGUUUAGGAGAACAUGGAACGAGUAGGCACCGCUCGCGGCCCUACGACGGAAGUGCGUACGAUCAGGACCAGGAUUUAUUUCGUGAUGGAGACGGUGACGGACGAAGCAAAAAUCCUGGAGCCGUGGAUGGUAUAGGAUUUUGAAGUACUUUAUUUUUUUUACAACUUCAUCUUGAGUUCUUUCAUAUGUUUGUAGCUGUCCGCGUUCGCGGCGAUGCCCUGGCUGCGUACAACAGUACAUUGCUUCUAUCUUCUUGUGGUUGUGAUGGAUUAUGUGCUCAUCAGCAUGAUGGGACAGCGAGGACUUGCAAGAUUUUCAGGAUAUUUGGAAUUGAGUAUAGAUAGUACAACGACCAAUCUUCAAUACACAAGAGCUGGUGCGGCGGCAACGGAUGGCGCAAAAAACUUAAGUGUAAAAGCUGCUGCGGCUGCUGCAGUGGAAAUAAACGAGGAAAACGCAGCACGCGAGGGAACACCACGGCGAACUGCAAGAACAGACGAUGACGAAAGCCUAGCGAAAAAUAUCAAGCUGGCCGCUCACCUGUUCAGUUCCUGCCCGGUAGUGGUCUUGCUGCUUUCCUACGUGGUUCUUUUCGACACGUUUGUGACCCACGUGCGGGACACCUACAAACUCGCGACCGACGUCGAGGGUUUUGCGGCGGCAGAAACCAAUCUACGGGCGCUGUUGCAGUGUCACACCCAGUUGCGGAAUCUUUUUGCGCAUAUGGCGUUCUCAACUGUUACGUUCUCAACUGUUACAUGCGUUUGUCAUGCAAAAGCAGCAAUAGGGAAAGGGGAAAGCUUGCAAGUCCUGCAUCACAAAUUUGGCACGGAUUUAGAUGCUGUCUAGCCCUUCGAUAAUUUGUCAUGCGAAGCAGCUUGGUCGUCUUGCGGCUCAUGGUCAUUUUGCAUGACAAAUUAUGCAGCAGUUGAGAAUGUAACGUUUGAGAACGCCAUAGCGCACCAGCUCGACGCGGAGAUCACAGAAGCGGUGAAUUAUGGUGGAGGGGUACCGCAAGAAAAAAGUGUUACAGUUACACAUUGUGUUGCAAGACCGGCAAUACAGACAACCUUUCUCAUGCAGGAAAUGCUUAGAAACCGGGUUUCCUUCUUGUUUUGGUUUUCCCUUAUAUAUGAUCUUCGCAUUACAAGUUUUUUCUGUCACACAGAGAAAAUUUGUGAUGCAGAAACUCCAACAAAUGUGUAACUGUAACACUUUUUUCUCGUGAUGCGGGGACGUCGACUCCUGGAGGGAAAUUGCGCGGCCAGUUGUGGCAGGAAGUGGCGAGGAGGGUGGAGCGGCAAAUAGACGCGGACCUUGGAGGUCAUCGUUAUCUUUGCUCAGGAUCUUUGAGCACCGCGGCAAUCAAGUGUUGAACUACAAUGAUCGUAGCACAAUUAAUCCGGAGACCAGCACAGAUCAUCAAGGAGCAGGAGCAAAAGAUGCGGGAGGGCCGACAACGGAAGGAGAUGGCAGCAAACAAAGAGAAGAGGAUAGAAGUACUCAAAUUCAACAUGAUGUCUACUUCGAAAGUGCAGAGCAGCGGGCGGUUUUUUUGCAGCAGAAAUUUCUCAACGUUCUCUUUCCACCUCCAGCUCCAGAUUUGGAAACAGAACACGCAGAGCUGCCACCUAAGAGGACAGACGGAAGGACGACACCGAUAGUUGCUGGAGGCUUUUCAGCUUCGCGACACAAAGAUACAACGGAGACGUCGAAGUCCACGCACGUAAAACUAUACGACGACAGGGAAUUAGCAUCACAGAUUUCAUCCCAUAGUAGCCUUUGGUUUGGACAGGAAGUGGACAAAAUUACGCCCUUCGCAGUCCUCUUGCACAAAUACCACGAAGCUGUUACCACACCCUAUAGGUCGCAGCAGACCCUGUUUGCCAAACAUUUCCUUGGACAUACGGAUGAUAGCAGUGGUGUUGACGGUCAGACAGGACGGGGUGAAGCAGACAAGUCUGGUACUUUGACGGAACAAGUUGUACCAGGACAGGAUACUGACGGCAACGAUGCUUCUUGUUCGCAUUCCCUGCCGAAGCUGUGGAAAAGAAUUGCCGCAGAGCACGGACCAGCGAAGGCGGUCGAGAGGGUGGACGCUUUUCUCGCGGCAAACCGACAGAAGGUCAUCGAGUUUGCGGCGAACGCGCAGCGGCUGUUUGACCACUUGCAGAACGAAGAGAAGCUGAUCUAUGAACUGCAAAAGUAUCGUACUCGUAUAAAUGGUGCAUUACAAAUUUCCUCAGCACGAGAGAUAAAAUUUGUCCACUUAAAAAAAAGAUUUGUAAAUGCAUGACUGCAAUACGAAUGCGAUGCUUUUGCACAGGAUAUGAUCACGGCUUGGACGAUUCGCGGUGGCAUUAUCCCCUGAAAAUUGACCAUCCUCAUCCACUUUUUGCAAUUGCAUGACAAACACAGAACUUACGUACAUGCUUUGCAUCACAAAUUGGAUGGGGAUGGUUAAUUUUCAGGGGAUAGGUACGCUGUUGAGCAGCUUGCGGUACGGGGACUGGAUGCAGAAAUUCGAGCUUCCAGGAGGAAAAGAUGAACAAAAAGAAGCAGAAUUCGAUAUGGGGGGACAAACUAGCGCCGCGGAACCGAGAGCGGCCUUUUUUCAGGGCCCACAUAUUCGGGGGGAUUUUAGGUUUCGCGAAUUACACAACAUGUUGCUGCUCUUCAGGUAGCGCGCAACAUGUUGCCGCUUUUCGUUGGAAAGGGCAUGUGUCUCCAUGAGAAAUGCACCCACAGCGCUUCUGGCUCUGUAUGUUUCGGCUGAUGCCGGGCGCCACUAAUGUAGUAAGUAACGGGGCUUGUUAAACAGACUCGCUACAAAUAUUGGCGCCGGCGGCGUCCUCCUGUGAAGCCGACCUUUUCGAUUUGCGUUUGCCCUCCUUGCACGUGCAAAGCAUUGAGCGCCUAGCAUGGCGCUGCGGGAUUUUCUUCAAUUUCCCCGGAGUGACCUUCAACCACAGCCGAGUGCCAUCCCGGCGGCUCUAGCCCUUGGGGCGAUUCCGGCGUGGCGGCUACGGCUUGGGGCGCCCGCACGAAAACCAAAAGGGCUCCGCGUGUGUGUCGGCUUGGCCGGGGGCAAAAAGGAGGGCGGCCGCGCGACCUGUCUUCGUUGCCCGUGGGCAUACAGUCCCUACCCUGCGGGUGGUUUUUGAUCCGUCGCGCAGCUCGCCGCACGUAGCAUACCAGCGGCGGCGUUGUCGCCUUGUUGAAAAGCCUUCGGGCUUUGUGAGGCCCGUCCACAGGUCGGCUUCGUCUCCGUCUCGCGUCGGUUGCUGGCGCCGGCGCUGCUCUCCUUUUAGUCCUUUUAGUGACUAUGCGGGCCCCCUCCACCCCAAAUAUUCAGUAUGCCGCCCUGAUUGCGAAUAUGUGGGGUGGUAUAGCCCCACAUAUUUGCCAUACCCCCCGGCAUAUUCACUAAAAGGACACUGUGGCGCUCCUGUUUUUCAUCCCUCCCCACAUUCGGUGCCGGCCUCGGCUGGGAAGGUCGGCGAGUCCAGGCUGGCUUGGGAAGAUCGCGCUUGUAUAGCUAGCCGCGGCGCUUUUUUGGAGCGCGCCAGCCACGGCUCCGUCGCUCGGCCCAUUCGCUUUUUUGCCAGGAGCAGCCGGAUUUUCGAACCAAAGCGCAACACGACUCGCGCGCCAUUGGUCUUGCUCCCGUCCGAGUGAGCUACUUUCUCAGGCAAGGCCUUCGCGGGUCUACUCUAUCAAGCUCCCCGUGAUGCCUGCGAAGUCGUAUAUCUUUUUUCGCUUUAGACAUUUUCAGGUGAAUAAAAAAGGGGGCCAAAACUUUCGCUGCCGACGGAUCAGCAGGGCGGCCGCACGGGUGGGUUGUCAUUCAGGGCAGCGUAGCGGCCAUCUUGUCUCCUUAGGUAGGUUCGCCCACGUCGAAGCCCCCCAUGCCUGUGGGCACUCUAUUGCAGGCGUAAUGCCGUGGCGCCUUUGACAGGUUUCGAGAUGAAAGCGGCACCCGAAAACGGCCUGAAAUGCCGGGACAUGUCCUUUGUUUUGGCGCCCGCGACGGACUGCCCAACCGCAAUGCAAAAAAAGUGCCCAAAUAUGUGGCCCCGAAAAAAGUGCCCUUCUCGGUUCCUUUAGUUUUUUUGUCCCCCCAUAGAAUUCGAUCAUGCAGUACAAACUGAAACAGCCAGGAAUAAACACCGAACCUCUGAUGUUGACGUUGACCCUCCACGAGUUGUUGUGUACGACAUACCGAACGACAAUUCGAAGCAAGUGUUUUCGCGAGGCCGGAGCACCAUACAGGGAAUUCACGAUUUCGACGUUGCUGUUGUACUUAACCACGACCGGAGUACGAGUGCCAGUGCAUCAUCUUCACAAGUGGAAAAAACAAACGAAACCGAAACCGUAACCGACCGAAAAGCCGAUAGAGACAUCAGUGAAAAUCUUGAUAAUUCUGACCAGUUAUGGUCCCUGGUUGUCGAGUAUGAGAGUUGUACGCACCUCCUCCUCUCUCCCUCGUCUCCCGCCCAUUUGCAUUUCUUACAGGCGUCAUGCAUAGCAUUAGCAACAUCGACAAAGUCAAUCUCAAUGGCAGAAGCGCGGCCUUGGUACGGGACAAGUUCUCCAGGCCUGGUGGACUUUGGUACUCAUCUCCCGUUUUUUGUCAUGCAAACAGUAGGUAUUUCAUCUUAUGCUUAUCUGCUUCUACACGGCUAGAUGGGCUGCAAUAAUAGAAUGGUGCUAACUAUAUCGUAUCCGAUGCACAUGCAAUUUAUGUGCCUUCUCAAUGAGGGGGACGAGGGGUUCCAAUUUUUGUGCACUUGCAUAUCGAAAGAGUUGCCCAGGUCGCACAGGCGUGGGAGUUUCCGAUCUGCGGUUUUCUCCAGGGAUACAUCCACCACGGAUUUUUCUGUCACACGAACCAAACCCGAAUCGCCGACCUCUGCUCCGUCCGCUUCGAGCUUGACGUGAUUCGCCUGUCAAGCGCAGCUGCGCUCGAAAGUCGCGUCUUUCCGCUGGCCGACUGCGCGCUGGGUCCGUUGACGCUGCCCUGCCCGAGACACGCGAACACGUUUCUGCACCGCACGCUGGGGCCGAGUGCGUGGUACGAGAACGCGACCAUUGUGCGCGAAAAGAGCCUGUCGUGCUUCGCGCUCCCGCCGGUUUUGACGUGGAUGUCGGAAGACGAAAAUGAAACUGUUCGUUCGUCUGCGACGGACGGAUCUUCGAUCAUCUCCAUUGGUGGUCAUAUCAGCAGUGCCGAGGGUCCUGCGUGGCUCCUGGAAAGGAUCUUUCGAACGCAGCUCGGAAUGAACGCCGCUGGGUUUGCGAACGUAGGAAACAUGUUUGGCGUUUGUGACGACCACGCGUUCGCCACGCAGGCACGCCUGUUGUGGAGCUCCACCGAGGGGCAGGUUCAGUGGGUCGGAAGCAACGAGUGAGAUCGUCGGAUCAUGUAGACACGAUCAAUGAAUAAAGUUAAAGGUAUCGACGCUUGCGACUCAUCUGAUGGGUUGGGAGACACGACAGCAGCUCUACUUCCAGCAGGAACGUCCUAUCAGAAUCGUAGAGGUGUGGAUGAAGUCAACGCGAUAUUUUUUUCGCAAAGUAGUCUGUACAGAGAAAUCGGCUCACGUCCGCUUCAAUAGGCAAACAAGAAUUUUCCAU